AUGCGUCAAUUCCCGUCACCAUUUCCUCCUCUCAAUACCUCGCAGCGGACUCGACACCCCGCCAGCGACACAUCCAGCCCGCCUAGCUCGCGGACCACGUCGCCGCCGUCGUCGCCCACCUCCACCCUCCGCCGACGUCACCAGCCGACGCAAGUGUCUCCGCACCAUCUGUUCAACCUCUCCUUCCACCCCCACCCCACGACCCACCCCAGGGCCGAGCCCGAGGACUCCGGAUCGAGGCCCGUCCAAGAACACGCCCACGAACAGGAAAAUGACAGUUUAUCAACCGCCCACCCGUCGCAUCCGCAAGGCGUGAGCGUUCUCCCCUGCGCAGUCCUCCGCGGCCGCUCCUCCCUAAUGGUCGUGCGACGGCGCCCCUCGGCCGUGGACAUGGCACUGAGCGAGGAACGCUCGCGCUGCGACGAGAAUUCUAUCGAGCGCCAGGGCCUCGAUCUCAUGGAGCCGCGACCGGUCGACAUGAACCAGCACAGAAGAAUGGAUCUGCACCGCAACUCCAUUUUCCGAGCGGCCGCUGUGCAGCAACCGCGGUUUGUAAUGGGGGGGAUCUUCGAGGUGAUGGAAGGGCGGGCCUAG